AUGGCUGGUGAAAUCUACAUGGAGCGUACGCAUUCCCUGGAAGACUACAAUACAAAGCCUUACCUCGAGAUGCUGGCGAAGUUCCGGUGGGGACGUCUGAACGCAAUGAUGUCCACGAGUUUCCGUCCAGUGGUCCAAACAUUCUCCAAAGCUUUGUGA